AGUGCGAAGCUGGUGUUACUUUAAGGGUGGCAGCGGCCAAGCAGCGCACAUGCGCGCACACUUUAUGAGGUGCACAAUUGUGUGGACCGAGCGCAAGGCUACAAAAGGAUGGUCAUACCUUGCGUUUGCAUCAUUUCUCAAACAGCUACCGUGCGGUAAACACUUGACACACUCGCCAUACUACCGACUACGAUCGAACACACUUGGCUCUGUCGGUGCGAAAACUUGAAAACAUUUACGUGAAAUAAUUUUAAUGUGAAAACCUGUUCGUUACUAGUGCUUUAAACAAGUAUACGUAUAUACUUACACACAUAGUGCGCGUACACUUGUUCUGCAACUUUAAGACGCUUAGCGCGCACUUGCAAAUCUCCACAAUAAUUAAAUACAACAUGGCUGUGGACGGGCAACGUUUCAUGACCAAGACACAACACUAUCGUAAGGUCACCAAACCACUACUGGAGCGGAAGCGACGUGCGCGCAUGAAUCUCUAUUUGGACGAAUUAAAAGAUCUCAUUGUGGACACAAUGGAAGCGCAAGGCGAACAUAUCGCCAAACUAGAGAAGGCCGACAUUCUCGAGCUCACCGUCAACUAUUUACGUACACAUAAACAUGAAAUCGCCGCAAGCGUUGCACAGCAUCAAACCGGCGGCAGUACAGCUGGACGUAGCAUAAAUGUAGAGAAAUUCCGCGCUGGCUAUACGCACGCCGCCUACGAAGUGUCGCGUGUGUUUGCCACAGUGCCGGGUCUGGAUGCGAAAUUCGGCACAAAACUCAUGAAACACUUGGGUUAUCAGCUGAAGGACUUGCAACAGUCAACACCAGCGCCAACUGCUGUUGCUAGUGAAGAAGCGCUCAAUUUGGAGGUCGUCAAACGCGCGGCGUCAGCAUCACCCACCGUUUCUCAGCAUGCUGAUGAACAUAUGAGGCGCGUUUAUCAACAACAACAACAAUUACAAAUGUGCGGUAAUUUGCAGCACUUGAAAGACUUGCAUGACGACGAGCAACACGGCGAAUGUUUGUGGCGCCCCUGGUAGUACCAUUUGCAACAAUGCGCAACUUGCGACAUGCGAGCACUUCGGAAUUUUCAAAGAGCUUUGUUUUUAAACAUUCACCAGCCAGUGGCUUUAAUAGUUUUAAGUGUUUGUAGUGGUUUAAGUAAUAUGAAAUAAUUUUUGUAAACUAUUUUAUGUGUAUAUGUAUAUGUAAGUGUGUAUGUGCAUACAUAUGUAUUGCAUUAGUUUAGGAAAUAUCAGCUUUAUUGUUUUACGUACAAAUUGUCAGCCUUUUAUAGUUGUAUUAAUGUGAUUUGCCUGUGAUAGCCGCCAACUCCACUCAGUUAGCGAUUGGUCUGUUCGUAAACCGAUCUCCAUAACUCUUCACGUACUUCCAAGUAUAUUAAAAAUAAGUUAUAUAACAUAUAGUUUUCUAGUAAUUAUUUAUAAGUGAUUUAAAGCUUUCAGUAUGUAAAUUUUUCUCAUUUUAUUCUAAUCUAAUUAUAAAGUACUUUUUCACUUAUAUAUAUAUAUAAUAAUGUUCACAUAUAACAUAUCAUAUUAUGCAUUUUAUGUAAUCUUAAGUUGCGCUUCCAAACAUUUGUAUAUUUCGCUUUGAUAAAUUAUUGGUCCAAUUGCUUUAAAUUUAUUCCUUACAAAAUAAUUUUAUUGAAUAUAUAUGUAUAUCUAGAGUUCACUGUAGCAUUAAGUGCAUGUCUAAUAAAUAUAAUAUUU